AUGAAAGGAGCACCAUGCUUUGGGAAGAUAAUUGGCUGCCAGUGGAGAAGAGAGUUAUUCCAAUGGGAGCUGGAGCUUGUCAACCAACUCCAUGAGAGGCUAAGGAUGGUGAAGUUGGCAGAUGGUCAAGAGGAUCAGAUAGUGUGGAAGUUUGAUUGUAAAGGGGUAUUCUCUACCAACUCUGUGGUGCAAGUCCUACAAUCGGAGAGUCUGUCAACUGAGAUCACGAGCUACAGUUUUACAAGUUUGGUUUGGAGAGGAGUGGUACCUCCAAAAAUUGAGCUAUUUGGAUGGUUUGUGCUUGUGGGUAGAGUUAAUACCAAGGAGAGAUUGAGUAGGCUAGGCGUUAUUAUGCCAACUGAUAACAUCUGUGUACUUAGCAACAAGGAGGUAGAAUCGGUCAACCAUCUAUUUCUUCUCUGUGAACUAACAAGGCAAGUGUGGUGCAGUUGGUUGUGGUCAUUUGGUGAAGUUUGGGCUAUACAUGGCACAAUAAGGACAUUGUUUGAGAGUUGGACUGGCUGGCAUAUGCGAAAAAGAGAGCAGAAGAGGUGGCUGGCUGGGUUCUUUGCAGUGAUUUGGAACAUUUGGGUGGAACAUAAUGCUAGGAUCUUCAACAACAAGGAAGCAGGUGUUGACUUUGUAAUAAAGAGAACAAUUUUGAGUUACAAUGAAUGGACCGAUAGUGAUCCUUUUGGUUGUUGA